CCAGAAGUGAGGACUUGUGGCUCCCCGUCCCGGAAAAGACACAAGAGGACACAGGAGUCAGAGACCAUGAUCAAACGCAAACUGAGCUUCAAGUGGUUUGGUAGUCUCACCAACCUCCGGCGGAAAUCAGACACUCAGAAGGACGAUGUCAAAGAGGUGUCCACCGACGAUAUGGGCAUGCAUCCACGCAGCCCGAGCUACGCCAGCUCCAGUGAAAUGUACACGCACAUGGGCACCAUGCCGCGUCACCCGAAGAAGGACAAAAGCUUGAAGAAGAGCAAGUCCAAGGACAAAACCAACCUCAGUCGGAGUCAAAGCAUGAGACCUCCACAGGACCAUGUUGUUGAUUCCCCCCUUCUCAGCGUACUCUCCGGGAAGGGCCUGGAGGCCCUGGAGAACCCCAUCUCGGAGGACAAGCCAGCUGCAGGAACCAGAGAUAAUCACAUUCAGAAUCGUGACCUUCCACCUCCACCGACUAUGGAUGGACACUCAACAAAUCUGAAAGAUGAAGAUAAGGAGCCAUUAGUUGACUCCAAGCUACAUGUUGAUCCACCAAAUGCAUGUCUAGAAUCUUCACCAGGUCUAAGUCAGAGCAAAGAGCCAGACAUCCAGCCAGUGCUGCCCAAGAAGAGACAUAAAGAAGGAGACACCUCCAUGAAGGAUGCUGAGGAGCUCCAGGUGGAUUUGAUUCAGUUACCUCUGAAACACGGCAGUCAGGUGGAGCAGAAGCAAGCAGUAGAGGAAGAUGCUAAAAUAGGAUCAGACUGCAAACAAGACAGUCAGGAAGAGAAAGAGCCUAACAGACAACUGAACACCACAGGCAACCAAGGAGAAUAUGUGGAAUUCUCCAAGGAGAAGUACCUGCUGGAGUCACCCCCGGAGAAGCUCAGGAAGGAGCUGGAGGAGGAGCUCAAACUCAGUAGCAGUGACAUGAGGAGCCACGGCUGGUACCAUGGCCAUAUUCCACGAGAGGCUUCAGAAACUUUGGUUCUGCGUAGCGGUGACUUCCUCGUACGGGACUCCCUGUCGACCAUGGGUGACUAUGUCCUCACAUGUCGCUGGCAGCAGGAAGUGAUCCAUUGUCGGAUCAGUAAAGUCCUGGUCAAAAGCGGGCAAACCAAAAUCCAGUACAUGCUGGAGCGUGAGAGCUUCGACUCUGUCCCCACGCUGGUCAGGCACCACGCUGGCACGGGUCGAUCCGUGUGCCCACGCACUGGAGCUCAGCUGCUGUGUCCGGUCAACCGAAUGCUGCCGCUGAGGUACCUGGAGGCGACGUUUGCUUUGGCCGGUGGGAGACCGGGAUCUGCACAUUCACCAUCGACCCAGAGGGGGGCGCACAUCAAGAGACGAAGCGUUACUAUGACGGAUGGACUGACGACGGAGAAGAUCAUUCCUCACAGUGCGACACAGUCUACAGAGCCAGAUGAGCCUCAGACAGUCGAUCCAGAGGUGAAACCAGCGGAGGGCAGCAGCUGCCCUUCUACAGUGCACCAUAAGGAUGCCAUGAGGAACUGCGCCAUGAGCAUGGAUCAGAUCCAAGAGUACCGCUGCCCGCUGUCCCCUGUGGGGGAAACACCUCUAUCACCUGCCUACAGCUCCAUCUCCCGCCACAGACAUGGCUCAGGAGGGCGUGUCCUCGCCGUGAUCCCGCCUUCUCCAGUGAUGCGGCGCUCCAGCGAUCCCCAUCUCUCGCCAUCCUCCUCCAAUAACAACCUUCCCUGCUCAGACGCGCCCCCCAGCACCCACUCCACGCCUGCCCACGGUUACCCGUCUGAGAGUUCAGAGCAGGGCGGCAGUUACUGUGAGCUGAGACCCGGUCAAGCCCCCAUUCCUCCCUGCAAGAGCUACGUAGAGAGGCUGAGGGUGGAGGAGAGCCAAAGCCCAGGCUCUGGAGCCCCAGACGGGGUGGAGGGCUUCAUGCUCCCCCUGGUAGAGACCAGCUCCUCCUUCAAGCCUGGGAAAUACCAGUCCACUCUUCUGCCAGCCGAGAAUAAGCCUCUGGAGAUGAGCGUGUUGAAGAGGGUAAAGGAGCUGCUGGCGGAGGUGGAUCCCAAAACAGCCGCCAAGCACAUCACCAAGGCAGAUUGCACGGUUGCUAGGAUACUGGGCGUUACCAAGGAGAUGCAGAGGAUGAUGGGAGUGAGCUCGGGGCUGGAGCAGCUGACUCUUCCGCAUGGACACCAGCUGAGGCUGGAUCUGCUGGAGAGGUUUUACACCAUGUCUAUAAUGAUGGCGGUGGAUUUGUUGGGUUGUACGGGCAGCACAGAGGAGAGAGCCGCCCUCCUGCAUAAAACCAUCCAGCUGGCUGCUGAACUCAAGAGCAACAUGGGCAACAUGUACGGAUUCGCUGCGGUCAUGAGAGCCCUGGAGCUGCCGCAGAUCUCACGGCUCGAGCAGACGUGGAUCACACUGCGACAGAGACACACAGAAGGUGCAAUCCUCUAUGAGAAGAAACUCAAGCCAUUCCUGAAGGCCAUGAAUGAUGGGAAAGAGACCUGUGUCCUCUCGAACACCUCUUUCCCUCACGUGGUGCCGGUGUUGUCGCUGCUGGAGCGCGGUGUGGCGGCAGGCGAGGCGCUGGAGUCCUGGGAGAGCGUGGAGUCUGGAGUGGACGUGGUCAUGAGUCACCUGGAAGCAGCACGAACCAUCGCUCACCACGGAGGACUGUAUCGCACCAACGCUGAGAGCAAACUACAGGAUUUCCAGGAGCGGAAGGAGGUGCUGGAAAUCUUCCGCACAGAGUUUCAGAUGAGGCUUUUAUGGGGCAGUCGUGGCUCUGAAGGAAGCCAGGCCGAGCGCUAUGAGAAGUUUGACAAGGUCCUCACCGCUCUGUCCCACAAGCUAGAACCUCCUGUACGACACAGUGAAUUAUAGCACCCCCGCACUCACAAAUGGUAUGAUCCCUGACCUUCCUGUCACUCCUACUCCU